UUUUUGUAUUUUCUCUUUAUCAUAUACAUAAUAUUUGUUUAUAACUGACCCCGGCAUGUGAAUCACGUUACUUUACCACAAUAGUUAUAUUUCCCUUAACAUGUUGCAGAAACUAUUAACAACCUCAACAUGGGGAAAGAUUUUAAAGUAUAAUCGACUGCACAACGUUUGCAAUUCGCGCCUAAGCACGACUACGGGAAAUGGCACAGCUUACGACGUGGUCGUGGUCGGUGGCGGACAUGCCGGGACGGAAGCAUGUAGUGCCGCCGCCAGAAUGGGAGCCAGAACGCUUCUGGUCACCCACAAGAAGUCUACAAUCGGUGAGAUGUCAUGCAAUCCAUCGUUCGGUGGCAUUGGCAAGGGUCAUCUGAUACGGGAAGUGGACGCCCUGGACGGAGUCUGUGGUCGUUGCUGUGAUAACAGUGGAGUACAGUAUAAGGUGCUGAAUAAACGAAAGGGUCCCGCGGUGUGGGGUCCCCGAGCGCAAAUCGAUCGGACAUUGUACCGAGCGGAGGUUCAGAGGGAAUUGGCGGGUAUACCGAAUCUCAAGAUCGUUGAAGCAUCCGUUGAGGAUAUAAUUCUUGGGGGGGAUGAAAACCGAUUCGGGGCUAGGAGAAUCAAUGGCGUUCGUUUGAAGAAUGACUCUAUGAUUAAUUGCAAAGCUCUCGUAAUUACAACGGGAACGUUUCUACGAGGACAAAUCAACAUAGGUGACAAAACAUCGCCAGCUGGUCGCAUCGGGGACGAGCCAGCGAUUGGGCUGGCUAAAAGUUUAGAAGAUUUGAACUUCCGGUUGUCCCGGUUGAAGACGGGCACACCACCUCGAAUCAAAGCAUCCACGAUAGACUUUAGCACCCUCGAGCGUCAUCCGGGCGAUAGCCCACCGGUUCCGUUCUCAUUUAUGAAUGAACGUGUGUGGCUUGACGGUCAGCAGCAGUUGGAUUGCUUUCUAACCCACACGAGCAUGGAUGUUAACGAUAUCGUUAAGCGAAAUCUGCAUCGCAAUCGUCACGUGACCGAGGAAUUGACCGGUCCGCGUUAUUGCCCAUCCAUAGAGUCGAAAGUGCUCCGGUUUGGUGGGAAGACUCACCAGAUUUGGCUAGAGCCGGAAGGAUUUGAUAGUGAGUUGAUUUACCCGAACGGGUUAUCGUGCACACUCCCUGAAGAGGCACAGGUCGAAUUGGUGCAUUGUUUGCGAGGGCUGGAGAAGGCAGAAGUCGUUCGGCCUGGCUAUGGUGUGGAAUAUGAUUUUGUCGACCCGAGAGAAUUGUUCGCCACGUUGGAGACCAAGCGAGUGGGAGGUCUAUUCUUUGCCGGACAAAUCAACGGGACAACAGGAUACGAGGAAGCGGCUGCUCAGGGAGUUCUCGCAGGGGCUAACGCCGCGGCGCAGUGUUUGGACCGAGAAAAGUUGUUGAUCGGUCGUACAGAGGGCUAUGUGGGGGUGCUGGUAGACGAUCUCACGACACUGGGGACGAACGAACCGUACCGUAUGUUCACAAGCAGGGCUGAGUUUAGACUCAGUUUGCGUCCCGAUAACGCCGACUUGCGGUUGACAGAGAAGGGUUACCGGAUAGGGUUGGUCUCAGAGGAACGGUUUCGCAGGAUGGUGACGAUGAGAGAGAAUCUGAAAAAAGGGAUUGAGCUGCUUAGUGAUAUCAAGAGUGGCAGCAAUACUUGGAGGGAAAAAUUGGGCCUUCCGAUGUCGAAAGCGAGCGUAUAUAAAAGUGCGUUUGAAAUGCUCGCUAUUACGGUGGAAAAUAUUCGCACGGACGAUUUGUGCGAUUUGGAGCCCCAGGUACUCGGAUGGAUUAAGCAAGAUAAACAGUUGUGUGAAAGAUUGAAGAUCGAAGCAUUGUACACUUUAUCGAUACAGGAUCAAGCCAAAGAGGUUGUAGAGGUCCAAAGGCACGAACAGUUACAAAUUCCGAAAUCAAUUGAUUAUCUUUCAAAAUCAUUGAACCUAUCAUUCGAAGAACAGGAAAAACUGCUGAACAUUCAACCUCAAACGAUCGCCGCGGCUAGUCGAAUACAGGGCAUCACUCCUUCCGCAAUAGUCCGAUUGGUGAGAUACGUGAAACAGUACGAGACACGUGCAUAAUGUGUUCUACACAGGUGAAAUAGGUUUUUAUUCAUAGCAAUAAAUAUUUAAUAUAAAUAAAUAAAUGUUUAUAUAUACAAACACACUUCCUAAAUCUAGCAAAAGACUUGUUUAAUAAAAAAAAAAGCAAAAAUAAUAACAG